UCCCUGCCCCACCCCCGGCCUAGGGCAGUGCAAAGGCCAAUCGCUAGCAAACUCCCUGCCUAGCAAGGCCCAGCCGGGGGCAGAAAUGGCUGCAAGUGGCCGAGGACUCUGCAAGGCUGUGGCAGCCUCUCCCUUCCCCGCUUGGAGACGAGCUCACUCGGAAGCCCGGGGAGGGCUAAAGCCUGAGUAUGAUGCGGUGGUGAUAGGAGCAGGACACAACGGACUGGUGGCUGCAGCGUACCUGCAGAGACUGGGGGUGAACACCGCUGUCUUCGAGACACGCCAUGUGAUCGGGGGUGCAGCUGUCACUGAGGAGAUCAUCCCAGAGUUUAAGUUCUCCCGUGCAUCCUACCUGCUCAGCCUGCUGAGGCCACAGAUUUACACUGACCUGGAGCUGAAGAAACAUGGGCUGAGGCUUCAUCUUCGAAACCCCCACUCCUUCACCCCCAUGCUGGAAGAGGGUGCAGGCGGCAAGGUGCCCAGGUCCCUUCUGCUGGGCACAGACAUGGCAGAAAACCAGAAGCAGAUCGCCCAGUUCUCCCGGAAGGAUGCCCAGGCCUUUCCCAGAUACGAGGAGUUCAUGCACUGCUUGGCAUUAGCCAUUGACCCUCUGCUGGAUGUGGCCCCCGUGGACAUGGCGGCCUUCCAGCGUGGCUCCCUGCUGCAAAGGAUCAGGUCACUCUCUACCCUCAAGCCCCUGCUGAAGGCAGGCCGCAUCCUGGGAGCCCAGCUUCCCCGGUAUUAUGAGUUCCUCACAGCUCCCAUUACCAAGGUGCUGGAUCAGUGGUUUGAGUCCGAGCCUCUAAAAGCCACUCUAGCCACAGAUGCUGUGAUUGGAGCCAUGACAAGUCCCUGCACUCCAGGGAGUGGGUAUGUGCUGCUGCAUCAUGUGAUGGGGGGCCUGGAGGGGACACCGGGGGCCUGGGGCUAUGUCCAGGGGGGCAUGGGUGCCCUCUCUGAUGCCAUCGCAAGGUCAGCCACCACACAUGGAGCAAGUAUCUUCACUGAAAAGACAGUGGCGAAGGUGCAGGUGAACAGCGAAGGCUGCGUGCAAGGAAUUGUGCUGGAAGACGGCACAGAGGUGAGAAGCAAAGUGGUACUGUCCAGUGCAUCACCGCAGAUCACCUUUCUGAAGCUGACGCCACAGGAGUGGCUUCCUGAGGAGUUCGUGGAGAGAAUCUCUCAGCUGGACACCCGGUCUCCUGUCACCAAGAUCAAUGUGGCCGUAGACAGGCUGCCCAGCUUCCUGGCGGCCCCCAAUGCUCCCGGAGGCCAGCCACUGCCCCAUCACCAGUGCUCCAUGCACCUGAACUGUGAAGACACCCUCCUCCUGCAUCAGGCCUUCGAAGAUGCCAUGGACGGGCUGCCUUCCCACAGGCCUCUGAUUGAGCUCUGCAUCCCUUCCUCGCUGGACCCCACCCUGGCUCCUGCUGGCUGCCACGUGGUCUCCCUCUUCACUCAGUACACACCCUACACGCUGGCUGGAGGCAAGGCCUGGGAUGAGCAGGAGAGAAACGCUUAUGCAGACAGAGUGUUUGAUUGCAUCGAGGCCUAUGCGCCCGGCUUCAAGGACUCUGUGGUUGGCAGAGACAUCCUCACACCCCCAGAUUUGGAGAGAAUCUUUGGACUUCCUGGAGGGAACAUAUUCCACUGUGCCAUGACCCUGGACCAGCUCUACUUCGCCCGCCCUGUGCCCCUGCACUCCGGCUACCGCUGCCCUCUCCAGGGCCUGUAUCUCUGUGGAAGUGGGGCUCACCCUGGAGGAGGUGUGAUGGGAGCCGCUGGGCGAAAUGCAGCGCAUGUGGUCUUUGGGGACCUCAAGAGCAUGUGACCCCGAACCAGGUCUCCGAAAGAAGAAAGACUUCACCCCUGAAUUCUAGGUGCCCCAUUGGGUCAGUUUCCCAGGAAGUUCAGCUUCGGGGUUAGUGCUGGAGGCCACCAAGUCCUCAAUGCUCAAGCAAUUAUUUUAGAAAAAACGUACAAGUUACAUUUAGUGCAAGUUAACCUUAUGCCCAUUCCUCUGUACAUGGACUGGUUUUGUUUUAUUAAAACUAAUAUUUCAUACAGAUUA